UGUGUCAUUAAAGAGGCAAGACCGGGCGGAGUUCCAGUUGCACUGCUUUAGCGCCGGGCUUUGAGAAUCAACACCAAUGCUCUCACUGCGAGACGGUCUCUCACUGGGUUAGCGGGGCAGACCUACGCUCAGAAUUUCUCACCAAAAAGUACAGCGCGCUUUCACGGGCUUCUGCGUUCAGAGAGACGAAGUGGAACCCGUAGAGGAAUAUCGCCAAAAACAACACAGAUAGAAUCUGAGACAAGUUGGAAGGAAUAUAUUGUUUUAUCGCGAUGCAUGCAUAAAUAUUUUUCCAGUGACAGAUCGAUCACCUUGCUGUUUAAUGCCAACCAAGAACUGCUAUAUGGAUUGUGCAAUUUGUAAAUUGUCUCGGUGAUCCAACGGAACAGACUGACAUUGUUUUCACGCGUAGCUGAUCUACUUUGUUUCUCACGAUGAACAUUCAGUGGAGUAGUCCGAUGGCUUGUACCCGCACUGGAAGGUUGGGACAUAAACGGGUGGACUCUGACGAGCCGGUCUCCAAAUGCGCCAGGCUUAGCGACUCAUCGGGUGACGCUGGACUGCUCGGUAGCUCACCGGGGUCCCCGGUCUCCACCAUCCCCGUAACUGAUCCUGCAACCCAUCAAGGUCCGCUACGGAUCGGUCCGUUUUUACUUCUACCUCUGGCCGAUCGAGAAGGAAUGCACAGCGCUUUGAACAUGGACUCGGAAGAGGAGCUUGUCUGCAAGGUUUUUGACAUGAGCGUGUAUCAGGAAAAGGUGAGAGCCUAUACUUCUCUACCGGGACACAAGAACGUCGCCUUCAUCCGAGACAUAGUCCUGGGCGAGCGCAAGGCCUACGUCUUCCUGGAGAAGGACCACGGCGACAUGCACACGCUGGUCAAGAGCUGCCGAAGGCUGGACGAGGAGCGGGCGUCGCGUCUCUUCCACCAGGUAGCGUCAGCGGUCGCCCACUGUCACCAAGGCGGCGUGGUCCUCGGGGACCUGAAGCUUCGCAAGUUUGUGUUCUCUGACGAGAAAAGGACCCAGGUGAAACUAGAGGGUCUGGAGGACUGCCGCGUGCUGGAGCACCCGGACGACGACCUCCUGUCCGACACGCACGGCUGCCCCGCCUACGUCAGCCCCGAGAUCCUCAGUGGCUCGGCUCCGUACUCGGGCAAGGCGGCGGACGUCUGGAGCCUGGGGGUCAUGCUGUACACCAUGCUGGUGGGGCGCUACCCCUUCCACGACCCGGACCCGGCCACCCUCUUUUCCAAGAUCCGCAGGGGCCAGUGCUGCCUGCCGGAAGGCCUCUCCCCCAGAGCCAAGUGCCUCCUGAGGGGGCUUCUGAGGAAGGAUCCGUGGGAGCGACUCACGGCUGCGGAGGCGCUCAACCACCCGUGGUUCCGCGCCCCAUCCUUGGGGGAAACGCAGCAGUGCGAGCAGGAUGUAAGCUUGGCGGAACAGACUGUACCUUCCUUCCAUGUGGACGAGGAGGCCGAUCUGUUCUCGUGAUAGACCCAACACACUGGUGCUGACACAAGACAGACCCCCCCCCCCCCCCCCCCCAAAAAAAAAAAAAAAAAAAAAAACAGAGGCAAAAAAACACAGAAUCUUAAGGGAUGUUGCCGACGUCUGCACUUUUUCCGAGCGCCACGUUGGUCACUGCGUACCGUCGUGUCUGUACGUCCAGCUUUUGUUCCGAGUACUGUAUUUGUUAUCUGUGUUAGCAAAAGGGCAUUUGUACACAAUGAUUGUUGUGCAUAGUGUGUACGUUUGUGUGUGAGUUCACAAAUCAUUUGGUGCUAUGAAAAAAGACGAAAUAGGAGAAGGAAAAAAAAAAGAAGCUCACGUGACGCGCCUGUACGAGCGGCUCGUCCGGAUAAAGCCGGCACUGGAGGCUGUAGAGGAGAAGAGGGGUGUCGGUGCCGUCACUAACCCUUUCCCUGAGUCCCCGGGAUUCAGAAGGCAUUAAACGAGGAGCCGAGAAACGAGGAGACAGAGCUGUGAGCUUCCUCCCGUUCCCCAGGCCAGAGGCACACGACUGACUCACCAACCGACUGCUG